UGUGGUUAAGUCACAGUCUCAAGUCUCAAGUCUCAAGUCUGAGCACACAAGAACGAACAAAGAGAAGAAAACAGAGAGAGUGAAGUUAUGGAGCUAUCUCAACUUGGUUUCCUUGAGGAACUUAUGCUUGCUCCAAGAAAAGACACAUGGAGUAGUUGUACUAGUAAUGAUGUCUUCUCACCUUCUUCUUGGAACUACUUUGACCCUUUUCUUGAUACCCCUUCUUCUUCUUCCUUUCCUCCUUCUGCAUUCUCACCCCCACCACCAGACUGCCCAUUCACCACCUCAUACCCUUUUCCCGAUGAUGCCUUCACAAUGCCUGACCUUGACUCUUCCUACACCACCAAGUAUGAAUAUGAAUAUGAUGAUGCACCACCACCCCCACUCCCACAUAACCAUCAAGAUCUUGAUGACGAUAAUAAUAACCCUUCAGUGCUGGACGAUGAAGAUGCUGGAUUUCUUGGCUGCAAGGUUGAGGAACAAGCUGUCGUGGAUGUUCAGGUUCAUGUUCCUGUGGUCUUCAACAUGGGCAUGUGUGGGAUAGGGGAGAAAAAGAACAAGUCCAAGAAGCUUGAAGGCCAGCCAUCAAAGAAUCUUAUGGCUGAAAGAAGGAGAAGGAAGCGCCUCAAUGACCGUCUCUCUAUGCUAAGAUCAAUUGUCCCCAAGAUCAGCAAGAUGGACAGAACUUCCAUUCUUGGAGAUACCAUAGACUACAUGAAAGAGCUUCUGGAGAGGAUUAACAAGUUGCAAGAGGAAGAAGUGGAGGAGGGCACAAGUCAGCAAAAUCUCUUGGGGGUUUCUAAGGAACUCAAGCCAAAUGAAGCGAUGGUUAGAAAUUCACCCAAGUUCGAUGUUGAGAGGAGAGACAAGGACACCAGGAUCAGCAUCUGUUGUGCCACGAAGCCAGGAUUAUUAUUGUCAACAGUGAAUACAUUGGAAGCAUUAGGCCUUGAGAUUCAGCAAUGUGUCAUAAGUAGCUUCAAUGAUUUCUCAAUGCAAGCAUCUUGCUCAGAGGUAUCUGAGCAGAGAAAUUGUGUUGACCCUGAAGAGAUAAAGCAAGCACUAUUCAGAAAUGCAGGCUAUGGUGGGAGAUGCCUCUAGUCUUUAGGACAAAGAUGGGAAGUUUCUGUAACAAUUUGCAGAAUUGUGUAAAAGAAGCAAUUUUCCCCUCUUUAGUAUGUAAUCCAAGGAAUUUAGGAGGUAGAAGUUUUAAUGAGAUUCAGAAUAAGCUUGGCUUUCAUUAAUGAUUUUCCAGCUUACAUCCUUGCCCUAUGUUUUAACAUAGUUUUUGGGGUAUCUUUAGUGCAAGUUUCAAUUUCACCUUCUGACAAGUCAAUUUCGUCAGGAGUAAUUUAUAAUGGAGAAUUAUUGCUAAGCCAUAAGUGGAAUUAAACAUAUUUCUUAUAGAAUACUGAAUGUGUCAUCUGCUUCAAAGUUUCAUUUAUAGGACCAUAUACAAUAAUUAUGUGUCAUCUGUGUCCUGUUGUCACCAACCACUAGAUGUACAAUUUCUUUUUUAAGGUUUCUGGUGUUGGUCAGGCAUCUAACAUUUUUUCUUUUCUGGAGUUAUGAGGUUGUUAAUUGAUAAGUGAAGUGAUUAACAACCAUUACAUGAGUCAUAGGCUUGUUCCUCCAUGAUACUCAAUAAUUGAAAGAUCAAGUAGCUCACUCUCAAGGGGUAGAA